AAGAAAACAGAUAUGAAAACUGAACUACUGGCUGAUCUUCAGUGGCUGUGGAAACAAUGGAAUAAAUGUUCCUGUUUGCCAAACACAUCAGUUAUGCUCACAUGCAUGUAAUCCCUUACACACCCACCAAUAAAUCGCCCCCCCUGGCUUUUACUAUAGCACUUUGAAGACUGAAGAAGGGGACCUGUAGUAAAUCUCUUAAAUACACCCAUUUCUUUCACUCCUCCCUUCUUCCCCUCUUCUUCAAUGAGUCCCACUCUACCCAGCUCAGACCAGCAGACCUUCACAUGUAAAGUAAAGCUGUGUGGAUAGGACUCAUUGCUCAGCUAUGCAGUAGAGAGGAGGAUUAAGACUAAGGACUAAGGCUGGGUGCCAGUGGAAGGAUUGGGCAUUUGGCCAUUUAUGCAUGAUCUGAAGAGAAGGAGAAACCUCACUCAUUUUUUUUUGUUGUCAGUUUUUACUGAAAAUCUCCUCUUUGCUCCUGUAAUCGCCCUCUCCUUCUCCCUUUCUCCUUCCGCCCCUCUUUCCCCUCUAUCUUAACCAUGACGCUUCUUUCAGAGGACCAGUCUUCGAGACCCCAGCCCUGCCGGCUCCCAGAGCCUGGCAAACACAUCCGCAACUCUUUGCACCAGUUCUCAACAGACUACUCUGGCUCCAAGGAGGAGUACAUGACCAGUGGGGAGAGCGUUGUCGACCAAAACAUGGAGCCCCCAAAGCGUUCGAGGGGUCGACUUAUCCUCCACGGUAUGGUCAUGUUCGGAAGGGAAUUCUGCUACGCCGUGGAGGCCGCAUUCGUCACACCGGUGCUUCUUAGCGUGGGCCUUCCUCGCAGCCUGUACAGCCUGGUGUGGCUGAUCAGUCCCAUCCUGGGCUUCCUGCUCCAGCCCAUCAUCGGCUCGGCCAGCGAUUACUGUCGCUCGCCGUGGGGCCGACGGAGGCCCUACAUCCUGGCCCUGGGCAUCUUCAUGCUGCUGGGAAUCACCCUGUUCCUGAACGGAGAUGCUGUCAUCUCGGCAAUAGUCACCGAUAAGUCGUUGAAGAGCGUAUGGGCCAUCGUGGUGGUGAUGUUCGGCGUCGUGCUGUUUGACUUCGCGGCAGACUUCAUCGACGGGCCCAUCAAGGCCUACCUGUUUGACGUGUGCUCGUAUCACGAUAAGGAGAGAGGACUGCAUUACCACGCUCUACUCACAGGUCUCGGAGGCGCAUUCGGCUACCUGGUGGGAGCGAUGGACUGGGGCCACUCGGUGAUCGGCAAGUUGCUGGGCUCCGAGUACCAGGUCAUCUACUUCUUCUCAGCGAUGACCUGGGCCAUCUUCCUCACCGUGCACCUCUUCAGUAUUCCAGAGCAACCGCUGGGCAAGGCUCCGUCCGACUCUGACCUUACACCUCAGAGUGCCCUCCGCCUACUGGGCUCCCACAGCAAUGUUUACGGAUCCCUGGCCAAAGAGCCCAUCUCCCUACCUUCGUCCGUUCCAGAUCCCAGACCCAGGUCGUUCUCUGCUCUCGGGGAGGCCAACGCAGUGACCUCAAGUGCCAAGCAGCCAAACAAGGCCCAGAAGAAAAUGACAUUCAGGUCGCUAAUGAAAGCUAUCAUCAAUAUGCCCCAACACUACCGGUACCUCUGUGUCAGUCACCUGCUGGGAUGGACAGCUUUCCUCUGCAACAUGCUCUUCUUCACUGAUUUUAUGGGACAGAUUGUAUACAAAGGAAAUCCUUAUGCAGACCAUAACUCUGCAGCGUACGCCACAUAUGAGAGAGGAGUGGAAAUAGGCUGCUGGGGAUUGUGUAUCAACGCCGUUUCUUCUGCUCUCUACUCCUACGUUCAGCGUUUCCUCCUUCAAUACAUCGGCCUGAAGGGGUUAUACUUUAUGGGCUACUUGGUGUUCGGCCUGGGCACCAGCCUGAUCGGCCUCUUCCCAAACAUCAUCGCCACGCUCGUCCUCUGCAGCGUGUUCGGUGUCAUGUCCAGCACGCUCUACACCAUCCCAUUCAACCUGAUAGCCGAGUAUCAACGGGAAGAAGAGGAACAAAUGAAGCUACGGGGAAAUUAUGAAGGGCCGCGAGGCACCGGCGUGGACUGCGCUGCGCUCACCUGCAUGGUCCAGCUGGCACAGAUUAUUGUUGGGGCGGGGCUUGGCGCUCUGGUCAACAUGGCAGGAAGUGUAAUUGUGGUGGUUGUGUCGGCGUCGACCAUGUCCCUGUUAGGCUGCAUCUUUAUUGCACUCUUUAUUAAAUAUGUAGAUUGAUUCUGCUCGUAUGAAAUUAUUUUAAUGGUUUUCUUUUAAUAAAUUGCAAUUCUUUAUUAUAUCAUUAAA